AUGGGCCAAAGAGAGAUGUUCCAAGUUCAGGACACAGUUUUGUCAGCAUCUCUGAAACCCUUGACUUUCAUGGGGGCCAUUUUAGGUUGCAAUCCCCUGAAAUGGAAGAACUGUGUGUUGAUAAAAUUGGUAAUUUCUGCAUUCAUCCUUUUGAGCAGUGUGGAAUAUUUCUACAGCCUGAGGAAAGUUGGGAACAUUUUGAAUGCAAAUAACAUCACAGUGUCCUUUUACAAAUUCACGGAGAAUGUAGUUUUUGGAGCAAUGUGGAGCCUGGCACCAGUGUUUCUGGUGACAAUUUAUGGCCCAAUACUUUGGGUAUUUUCAAAAAUAUCUAAAGCUGUCAAUUGUUUGUCAGAGAACUUUGGGGAUCCCAAGGCUCUGAAUAUUAAAGAGAUAAAAUUUGUAAUUUCUGCAUUCAUCCUUUUGAGCAGUGUGGAAUAUUUCUACAGUCUGAGGAAAGUUGGGAACAUUUUGAAUGCAAAUAACAUCACAGUGUCCUUUUACAAAUUCACGGAGAAUGUAGUUUUUGGAGCAAUGUGGAGCCUGGCACCAGUGUUUCUGGUGACAAUUUAUGGCCCAAUACUUUGGGUAUUUUCAAAAAUAUCUAAAGCUGUCAAUUGUUUGUCAGAGAACUUUGGGGAUCCCAAGGCUCUGAAUAUUAAAGAGAGACACACUUUAGCAAGAAUGUUGUACAAACUGGUAACCUUUGCAGUGUUUGUUGCAUUCCUGGUGUAUGUGACAAUAAGAUUCAUCACAGUGAAGAAUGGAGUGGGCCCAUCUACAGAACAGAAAGUGACAGCCAUUUCCACAGUGCUUGAGUUUAGUAGUUUUGCCCCACUGUGUCUGAGCAUCUACUGGAUUGGAAACUAUCAAGCUGAAAUUCUAUGUAGAUUCACAGAGAGUUUCAUGGAGAUUGAACAUAAACUUGCAUCUCUGGGUAUGAGGCAACAUAAACUCUUGGAAUGGAAGCAAGUUUCUUACAUCAAGUUGAAGAUUUUGGUAGUUUUUGGGAUCCUGAUCCUGAGCACUGAGUUUUUCAACUGGUUGAUCACCAAUCCAUGGUCCACAGUGGUGGAAACCAAUGGAAUGUUUGGACUACUGAAAGAACUCAUGGGUGUUUUGGUGGACCAUCUUUGGAGCCUUGUUCCAGCAUUUCUGGCAGGAAUUUACUUUCCAUUCACAGACAUAUUCAAGAAAAUUUCAAAUGCUUUACAGGUCCUUUCUGAGGAACAAAAACUGAAUCUGACUUUAGUUCAAGAGCUGAUGAAAUUAUACUAUGACACAGCCAAGACCCUGAAGCUGGUCAACAGGAUUGCUGGAUUCACUCUGACACUCUUUUUUGUUGAAGCAGUGACUAAUUGGGUUUUUGAGAUUAAAAACAUGGCCAGCAGCGAAGUUUCUUCUUUGCAGUUGUUCCUCUUUUCCACACAAAUCUUUAGAGUCUUUGUUGUGAUCAGCAUACUAGUGGAUCUGGAAAUUGCUGGAGAAGUUCCCAAGGAUAUAUUGCACCAAAUAGUGAUGGAGCAUGAAGAAGGAACAAGUGAAUGGCAUCACAAUCUGUCCAAAGAAUCCAUUCAGGCUGUUGGGACAGGGAUCAAGUACAACACAGCAACUUUCUUUUGGCUGAUGAGAUUAUACUAUGACACAGCCAAGGCCCUGAAGUUGGUCAACAGGAUUGCAGGAUUUACUUUGACUCUCUUUUUUGUUGAAGCAGUGACUAAUUGGGGAGAAGUUCCAAAGGAUAUAUUGCAUCAAAUGGUGAUGGAGCAUGAAGAAGGAAAAAGUGAAUGGCAUCACAAUCUGUCCAAAGAACCCAUUCAGGCCAUUGGGACAGGGAUCAAGUACAACACAGCAACUUUCUUUUGGGUAAACAAAAGAAAGCAACCAUGGCAUAUUAUCAAACUGCAUUUCAAGGCAACUGAAAUGUUGGAGACAGCCAAUAGAGUCACAAAUUUGACUGCAGGUUUUUUCUAUGUGGAGGCCAUAAGUUAUGCCUUGUAUAUUUUUCAAAACACUUUCAUAACCACUCUGAGUUUAAGAUAUGGAACACAGUUCUUGUUCAUGAUGGCAAGACUGGGGAUUGUCACCUUCUGUAUGGCAGAUGUGCAUUCUCAGUUGAAAAACUGGUACCAGCAUUUGGCACUGGAAACUUAUGCAGCAACUGCACUAGGUGUGCCAGUCACCAAAAGCACCAUUCUGACUAUCAUGAAUGCUAUGUUCACUCAUUUGAUGCUGCUGAUUGAGGAAAAGGAUGACUUGAGGGUUUCCAACAAGAUGAUACUAGCUGCAACUGCAGUGACUGCAUCAUUGGCCCACAAGCCUGAUGGCCCAGUUCAUGAGCCAGGCUUCAAGGAAGACCCCUACAACUACUUUGAACAUGCGUACUUGGCACCUCAACCCCCUAAACAUUGGGUCAAAGUGUCAGACUACAAACCACAAAAGGUGAAGAACCCCAUGUCUAAACAUGAGGAGGAUAAGCUCAAGAAAUACGUCAAAGAGCGGAUCAAGACGAUCCUAGAGCUCAAGCACAUGGUGCCAGUGUUCAAAGACUGGACAGAGCAGGAGAACUACGAGGUCAAGUCAUUCGUAGACAAGCUUUCCAUACUCACGGUUGCGUCCAUGUUCACGGCGUCUCUGGGUGCCAUUCUACCGCUAUGGGGUUUCACCGUCGCGCAGCCGGGAGCCGGUCGCAGUUUCCCAUCCACACCCAUCGCACAAGCCAUACUCCACAAAAUGUCCGCACUCGUCGCCGGCGCGAUUCAGACUGAGCCUCGCAUCCGCAGAGACGUCACGCGGGGCUUCGGCGGCUCGCGGUUAGCGAUGAUGUGGGAGAAAGCGAGGGAGUCGUUACCGCAGGCCCCGGAAGGCGUAGAACAGGUUGCCCGCACGGUUAGCACUGCUGUUGUUGCGCACGAGGAGUGCUUGAUGCGCGCUGUUUGUCAAGCUGGUGCCGUCUUGGGAACCUUACCGCCGCCCGUCGAACGUCUGAGCAGAAUGAUGGCAAGACUCGCAAAGACAAUGAAGCCCUCACAAGCCUAUUAUUUGGCAGCACUUGAAGAGCAGAACUGUGAGAAGUUCAAGUGUGGGAACCUGCCAGCCAUGAAGUUCACUUACAUCUUGGGCCUUCUGUUGGUGCUGGGGACCAAAGCAGAAAAGGGUUCUCCAACAACUCAGGACUAUGUUUGGAAUUAUCAAUCCACACCAGGUGCAGAUGACUACUACUAUGUAGCAGAGGUUGAGGAUGUUCCUCUGGACAUCUCCAGCUAUCAACAAGGACUGCCAACAGAGGACUAUGAUUAUGUUGAACAAACCAUCCACAAUGUACAAACUGGGAAACCAAUGGCUUUGAAUACCAGUCCUGUAUCAUUAUUGGUGAAGCCAUCAGACUAUGGUAACCCUGUGCCUGUGGUGAAGCCAUUUGACUAUGGUAACCCUUCACCUGGGGUGAAGACACCAGACUAUGGCAACCCUGUACCUGUGGUGCAGUCCUCACCAUCUCCUGUGCCCAAAACAUCCCCUGCUCCAGUUUAUUCCCCCCCUUUGCCUGCUUAUGCUGUGCCUGAAGCCCCUAAGAAACCUGCAGAGCCUGAGAAAAAGGAUCCACCAAAGCCAGUAGUAGAGGCUGACAAAGAAGCCAAGGAUGCUUUAUUCAAGCAAGAUCCUUACAAUUAUUUUGAGCAUGAUUAUUUGAAGCCUCAGCAUCCAAAGUACUGGGUUGAGGUAUCAGACUACAAGCCCCCAAAAGUGAAGAACCCAAUGAGUGAUCAUGAGAAGAAGAAACUCAAGGACUUCACCAAAGAAAGAAUAAAGACUUACCUGAAGCUGAAGAGCAUGGUGCCCAUUUUCAAAGACUGGGAGCAGCAGGAAGACUAUGAAAUAGGAACCUUUGUGGACAAGCUGUCAGUCAUGACAGUGGCCUCUAUCUUUCUGGCUGCCAUAGGCACCAUCCUGCCUUUGUGGGCCUUUGCUGUGGUUCAACCAGCCCUUGCUGGUAGGUCUCUGGGCAACAACAAGAUGUUGCCUCAACUGGAUGCUCUGGUCAUGACCCUGGUGACUGCUGUCAACUCUCAUGACCAGUGCAGACAGAGAGCAGCCUGUGAGGCUGGUGUCUUCUUCAACUCUCUGCCUGCACCCCUCAACACUGUGGUGAAGGUGGCAAGCAGAGUUGCCAGAGCAGCCAAUCCUCAGUGGUUUCAUAUGCUGAGGUCUUUUGAGGGCAGAGCUUGCUACAGGUUCAAGUGUGAGAGCCUGCCAACCUCCAAAGUGUUGGUUGACAAAAUCAAACCUCCAAGUUAUAUGAGAAUGGUGCAAUGGAUUGUUGGUGGUGUUUUACUGUGGGUGGCUUUUGUGGUGACACCUGCACUUACAGAGGAGAAGAAGCUGGAUUGGGAGACCUUCAUCAAUGCACAAAAGAAGAAUCCAGAAACUCAGACAUUCACAUUUGGGGACAGCAAGAAUCCUCACACAAUCCUCAUGGAUCCUCCAGCUGAAUCUUACUUUGGUUAUGCACCAGAUGGCAGACCAGUAGGACAUUUCAUUUACACCUACCCCAAAGAUGAAGAUAAACCAAAGGCAACUGAAGCCCCAGGGUAUGAGGAGCCAGAAGAAACUACCAAAGAAGACAACAAAUCCAAAGAAGAGGAGAAAGAGCCUGAUGCUUCCAAAGAAGUUAUGGAGGAGAUGAUGAAGGACCCUUAUGCAAAACAAGGCAGUUUUGUGGAUGGUGUUGCACUUUUCCUUUUCCCACUCAUCAUCAUCAUUGGGAUUGGACUGUUCAUCCCUGCUAUUGAUUCACUAGCACUGCCAACCAAAAGAUCCCUGGAUGAUCCUCUGAUGAAUAUGUUGUAUCAGGUUUUGCUCUUGAUUGGGAUUGUUGUGCUGGUGAAUAGUGCUGAAGAAGCAGGUCCAGUCUACUCUCCUAAAUUGAAAGGAGACUCAAUAAAAAUUGAGGACAGGUAUGGAGGGAAGUUCCAAGAUGACCCAAGGCCAGAUUACAACAAUGGCUUUGUCAUAGGCAACCCAAACAUCAAGUAUGUCACAGACAAUGACCAUGAUGAUGUGGAGCACCAGUUCUACAACAGCCCUCAGCACCAGUUCCUCUACCCUGAAAAGGGUGUCUUUGCUCACCAUGAGAAACCAGGGUUCCUCAAGGGCCACCACCAAGACAAAGAUGCUAUUCCUGGACUCAAGGGGGCAGAUGACAAUUAUGACCCAGUCAAAGAGCCCUUCAAGACCUACAUUUACCAUGAUCACCCUCCUUAUCCCAUUCCUGAAUUCCCCUUUGGAGGACUUCACACUCAGUACCAAGAGUUCAUCAAGCACAACAGGUACAAGCCUUAUUAUGGCUACAAGGGACACCUGGGACUGGAUCCAAAAGAAGCACAGCACUUUGGGAAGUUUGUGGAUGGACUGUUUGCAGUAGGAGCAGCCAUGAUUGCCAUGGGGGGAGCAGCUCUUUUCUUUCCCUUCACCUGGGGUCCUGGGAUCUUUGGCAGGGAGUCUCCAGCUGCAAGGGCCUUUGUUGCUGCCUCUGACAAAGUGUGGCCUCAAGUGAAGGACCAUUUUCAGCAGGAGGAGUGCUUGCAAAGGCUGCUUUGUGAGCUGGAGUCUCAGGGCUAUGAAAGGUCUGCCAGGUUUCUCAGUGCAGAUCCAGAUGGCAGCAGGAAGAUGGAAAGUUCAGGGAAUUUCCUGGACAAGGCUCUGGGUUCCAUUGGCAACUCUGAGCUGAUGGGCAAACUGAAAGGCAUGUUGGACAACCUCAAAAAUACUCUUGAAGAGGAUGAUGAUGAAACAGAUUGGAAACCAGACUUUGAAGAAGAACAUGAUGAACACAAUGACUACAGUGACAUUGAACAUGAACAAGAUAACCCUUACCCAGACAUCCCCAUCAUAGAUGUUCCAGGGAAGAAGAAGAUAGGACCACCCUUGACAUUUGGAAACUACAACAGAAUGGGUGUGGGGAGUUUUGUGGAUGCAGUGGCCAUUUGUGUGGCCACAGUGGUCUGGUUGACAUUCUUUGGCCUAGUUCUACCACUGUUCUAUGGUGGACAGUUGGGCAAAAGGCGCAGGAGGUCAACAGACUCUGAGGACACUCUGGACACAGUCUCAAACAUGGUCACCAAGAUCCUGGAAAAUGAGGACUGCUUUGAAUACAUCUUGUGCAAUACUGCUCAAGUGUUCCCUCAGCCAAAACCUGCCAUUUUGUCUAUUGCCAGACUUGCCAGCAAGCUGCCAAAUGAGAGACUAAAACUGCCAGGAAGCAGGGUUGUGAGAGCACUGACAAGCUCUUGUCAGACAUUUGCGUGCUUCAAAAGAAAGUGA